AUGGCAGCUCCGAUACAUUGUUUCCUAAUUGAUAAUCAGUACGGUCUCGUAUUUAAUCCUGAAUCCAUUCGUCUUCUUCGGCAGCAGCAUCGCAUCAUAGGUUUGCUAACAGGUAAUCUUCCACAAUAUCCUCGACAAAAUCAGCAGCUUGGUAUUCCAUUGCAACUUUCCCUUCAACAAUGUCACUUUCUAUCGACACACAACAUUAUUUGCAUGUAUCAAAUCGUUUUCCCGAUCACGGACAAGCAAGAAGAUCAUUUGGCAUAUCUCACCGAACUCGACAACAAAUUUCAAGAUCAGAAAAUCACCAAUGGUCACGAACGAAUCAAUGAAAUCCUUCUCAACCGUGAUUACAUUCUUCAAUCCAAUCGUCACUCAUCGUUCGGAGAUAGUUCAGAGCUCGAUCCGGCCAUUUCAUCUCUGCUCGAAACCAACAAUGCUUGGCAAAAUUCUUCUCGGUCAAUGGACGACCAUGAACGACAUAUUUUGCUUCAUAUCAUUAAGCAACGUUUACAGCAGUUUACUAUCGAUCAUAUGCUGAUCACACAACCAUUGGAAUCCAUACGAAGCGAUCAUCUCGUGCAGUCGAUCACUGCUGAUCAGCUUAAGCGAUACUUGACUUCGCCCCUUCAACAAUUGCAAUGCGAUGUAUUCGCCGAUCUCUAUGCCAAGAACUAUUGGAUUUCCGACGGAAUGAAAUUCGGUGGCGACUAUCUCGUUUACUUAGAUGAUCCAUCAAAAUGUCAUUCUUCAUUUAUUGUUACAUGUUUUCUUCGAAACGAAGUUCAAACGAAUUCAACAGCAAUCCCACUAACCCAUCUGAUAGCUCGAUGUCGUGUUGCGGUAAAUGUCAAGAAAAUAUCUGUUCUAGCAACGAGAAAAUCUACAAAUGAAAUCGAAUAUCUAACAAUCAAUUGGAAUGGAUUCUAA